CUCUCUUCACCGAAGGCGGCGGCGUCUUGGCAAUGCGCGCACCAGCGGUGAUGGCUCCCUCGCCGGAGAAGAAGACGAUGAAGCGGAGAGGCCGGCCGCCGAAGUCUGGGGGGAAGUCGCAGCUCGCCCUUCUUGGAGGAUGUUCACCUGGAAAUGCAUUUGCUCCGCAUGUACUGCAUAUAAAUCAGGGAGAGGAUAUUACCUCCAAGAUCAUGUCGUUCUCAGAGCUGCAUGCCAAAUCCAUCUGCAUUCUAUCAGCUAAUGGUACUGUGUCAACUGUAACUCUCCGUCUAUCUUCACAUUCUGACGGCCUUGACAAUGCAGUUUACCAGGGUCAUUUUGAGAUAAUUUCACUAAAAGGCUCUUGUCUGCUGUCUGAUGAGGGUGACUCAGGAAACCAUGGUGGGGGUUUAAGCAUUGUAGUUUCUACUCCCUGCGGCACCAUAUUUGGAGGUAGCAUUGGAGGGCCGCUGAUUGCUGCAGACCCUGUGCAGGUGAUUGCCGGAAGCUUCAAUUACAGGGUGACAGAGGAAAAGAAGGAACCAAAGAUCAGUGACAGCCAACUUACCGAGCUGAAAGUACCUUGGGAGCUGGAUUCAGAGCCUUAUGAACCAUUUUCACCUUUGCCUCAUUUUGGGUGGUCCAGGAUUGAAGACGUCAAAUUUGAGCGGCAUGGCUUCGACCUGACCAAUGGUUAGCACUGGGCACUAUAUGUAUGAAGAUAGUACAUGAUGCAGGUAUCAAAACAACUGUUAGGCCGAGUUGUUGAAAACAUGGAAUCCCAAGGAUUAUUUGUGGACGGAGUAGUGCUUCCAAACACUUAUUUCAAACUCUAAUUCCAAUGCAUACUUAGCAGAGGAGAAGUAGUUCUAACUCUAAUUCCAAUGAAGAGUAGUUUUAGUGUUUAUAUCGACAUAAAUAUGGAAAUGAGAACUAAAUUGUCAGAGCAACUUAUUUUAUGUCUGAGGACUUGAGAUGGCCAAAGCGUCUUAUUAGCAUUUGUAUCA